CUUAAAUGAGCUUAAAAUGAAGAUGAAAACGGCUGAAGGUUUAAAUACUUGCAAUUACUUGAUCGAACGACUAAGCAUUAGGCUAUUUCAUUAUGAAAAUCGAACCGUAACUAGGAUGGGGACGAUUUUAGAUGCAAGAUUUAAAAAGGAGGGGUUUAGGUCUUACUCCAAUGCUGAUCAAGCAUCAAAGCUUUUAGAAGAUGAAAUAGUUACCUUACUGAGAGAUUCGUCAACAAAUGCAGAUAUGUCAAAACCGUCAACAUCAUCGAGUAUGCCACACCAACAAUCACUUUUAAAAUUUCUUAACAAAAAAAUCGAAGAAAAAGUCAAAUCAAGCAGAGCAGAUGCUAUUAUAACUGUGCGACAGUACCUUGAAAGACCAAACGCACCACAGGACAGCGAUCCCUUGGAAUAUUGGAAGAACAACGAAAACGAAAUGCAAGCUGUGAAAGCUUGCGCAAUGCGCUUUUUUUGCGUCCCAGCUACGUCCACAGAAUCAGAAAGACUGUAUAGCAAGGCCGGUUUAACGGUUUCUGAAAAAGAUCAUCAUUGAAAUCAAAAAAUGUUGAUAUGCUUCUCUUUUUAAACAAAAACAAAUGGGUGACUGCAGUGGACCUGUAACCCAGGAAAGUAGCAUGCCAUGACAGGGGAUUUAAUACAUAAUUUCACAAUUCGACAGUGUAAAUACCUCCAAAAUAUUAGAUAGUGCAGGGUGUAGGUAAGGUCGAAUACAACAUACAAGUAGAUUUCGUAUAGUCCUAGAACCCUAAAUUUUUUUUUAUAUAAAAAAUUCUUUUUGAACUUGAUGUACUCUUCUCUAUAUAGCGCGACAAUACCAACCAAUUUUACAAAUCAAAUAUGUUUUGGAAAAAGGAUUUGUAGUCCAUUAAAACUGUCUAAAAAAUAUAUUGUUUGGAGUUUUCA